UCUCUCAUCAACUACAAAAACUCUCCGGAUAGAAAAAACAAACUACGACACACUCUCUCUCUUCUCUGUCUCUCGCUAGGUUUUCGAUUUUUAAACACCUCGUUUUCUAUCUUAAGACUUGGGUUUUAGCUUGAAUUGAUGCAAAAGUUGAAGAGCUCAGAUCUUUCAGAUUGGUCCGGCAGCUGAGCCUAAUGCAUGAAUUACAUAAGCUUAAUGAAAACAGUUCCUCGUUAGCAUGAUUUUAAGGUUGACUAAGAGGGGAAGGAUUGCUGCCAAUGUUCGCAUUUUUAGUGUGGAGAUCCAUAAUUACUGAAAAGCAUUGUUGCUGGUGUUUAAUCUUGAGAUUGUAAGCAUAAAGUUGUGGUGGUAGGAGAUGGCUCGGGAUUUGUCACGGUCGAGAUCACCUUCGUAUAGGCGCAGGUAUUCUCCAUCUCCUGUGGGACAUAGGUAUAGCAGGAGAAGUCGAAGAGACAGAAGUCGGUCACCGUAUUCAUCCUAUUCUUAUAGCAGACGGAAAAGUCGUUCUAUUUCCCCAAGACACCGCAGAAGUCGUUCACCUCCAAGACGUCAUAAAAGUCGUUCUCCAACUCCAAGAAAUCAUAAGAGGCAAAGGAGUAGGAGUUCCUCCUUGUCUCCUAUUCGUAAAUCUUCAAGUUCAAGUCUUGGGUCAAUAGAACGCAAAAAUGCAAGUGAAAAAUUGAGAAUAGAAGAAGAAGAGAAGAAAAGGCGACAACAGGAAGCAGAAUUGAAAUUGAUAGAAGAAGAGACUACGAAAAGAGUGGAAGAAGCAAUUCGUAGGGAAGUCGAAGUGAGCAUGCACUCUGAGGAGAUUAAGCUGGAAGUACAGAGGCGGUUGGAGGAGGGACGGAAGAGACUUCAUGAUGAAGUUGCAGCUCAACUUGAGAAAGAAAAGGAAUCUGCUAUUAUUGAGGCAAGGCAAAAGGAGGAAAGGGCUUGGAAAGAGAAAGAAGAGCUGGAAAGGAUGCUGGAGGAGAACCGGAGGAGGAUAGAAGAAGCCCAGAGAAGGGAAGCUCUAGAGCAGCAGCGGCGAGAGGAGGAACGGUACCGGGAGCUAGAAGAGCUGCAAAGACAAAAGGAAGAGGCUAUGCGAAGAAAGAAACAGCAAGAGGAGGAAGAACGGCUAAACCAGAUUAAAUUGUUGGGCAAGAACAAAUCCCGUCCGAAAUUGUCGUUUGCAUUUGGCUCCAAGUGAAUAUUUGUAAAAACUUGGUUUGAUUGGUUUUCGAGCGUAUGUGCUGGAUUUAGUUCCAUGUACACAUUCCAAAUUCGUGAAAACUAUUUGUUGUUUGAUAAA